AUGGAACACCCUACCCCCGCAGAUGAGUGUCAUCAAGAAGAUGCGAAACCAUUGCUAUUCUUUACCGCCAUGCCUGGUGAAGGGCAUACGUAUCCUCUGAUUACCAUAGCAUCUUCCAUGAUCAAGCGGGGAUAUUCCGUCUACUUUCACGCGGGAGCACAGUUUGAAGCGGACAUACUCUCUAUGGGCGCAGACUUCAGCGUGGUUCCCUCCAUGCUCGACCCAGUUCCUGACCCAGAAGCCGCCAUGGCAGCCGGGCGAGCCAUCACAGAUUUACGAGUGCCGCUCUUCGUUCAUGGUCUGACAAACUUUCUCUACAACACGUUACCUGUUCGAACCCAGCUUCUCGAAGAUACGCUGGUCAAGGUCAAGGAGCGAAAUCCAUCUCGCCAAAUAAUCAUCAUUCAUGAGCUCUGCAGCAUGAACGUUCUCCCUUUUGCAUUUGGCCGACCUGUCCCGAGAGGCUUCUCCUCUUUCCCCAAGACUAUCGGUAUUGGGGCUGUCAACAUUUCCUACCCCAGUUUUGAUACGGCACCCUUUUCCAUGGGUCUACCGUUCGACACCUCAGAGGCCUGUCGACUUCGCAACAAAGAGCUUCACAAACUCGCCGACCAAGGCCCCUGGCGGCCACUCUUCGACGCGGCAGAGCGUGCUUUACGCGCUGCCGGCUGCACAACAACACCCGAGGGCCAUCCUUUCCGCUCGUGGUAUACCGCACCCGAUGUGUGCUUUCAGAUGUGCAGCGCAAGUAUGGAGUACCCACUGUCCGACAUGCCUUCAAAUCUGCGAUUCGCAGGCUGUCUCCCACCCAAGGUGUCAGGAGCCGACUUUGAAGCGCCGGGCUGGUGGGGUGACGUUCUAGACAGUGCAGGAAGGGAAGAUCGACAUGUCGUCUUCGUUUCUCAAGGCACAGCUGAAGUCGACUAUGGCCAGCUGAUUGUGCCGACGAUGGAGGCGUUCAGGGGCCGAGACGAUAUGUUGAUUAUCGUUACCCUCGGGAUAAGAGGGGCUACACUGGGAGAGGGUGUCGAUGUGCCUGAUAAUGUGCGCUGCGCGGACUUUCUGGCCUACGAUCGAAUAUUACCGCAUGCCGACGUCUUUGUGUGCAACGCAGGCUACGGGUCGACAAGCCACGCGGUGACUAACGGAGUACCCGCAGUGCUAGCAGGGGAGGUGCUCGACAAGAAGGAGGUGACAAUGAGGGCAGUCUACGCGGGCUACGCAUGGGACUUGAAGUCGGUGGCACCCGGCGCUGAACAAAUAAGGGCCGGUGUGGAGGCAGUGUUGAAUGACAAGAAGUACAAGGAGAGGGCAAUGGAGCUUAAGGCAGAGAAUGAGGAGAUGGACUGCAUGCAGACAAUAGAGAGACAGAUUAUAGAAUUCACAAUCACUCAAUGA